AGUGUGUCCUUGGUUCCAUAGGCAAGCAGCAGGUUAGCUAGAGAGCUACCCACUGGAUUUGACAGCUAUAGGAAGCCAAAGCGGAGGGCACCAUUAGGGGAGCGACGUUAUUUUAAUCCAGAAAGCAGAGUAAACGGUCCCAGAAACUCAAGAUGGCUUUCUUGAUCAAGAGCAUGAUUGGGAACCCCCUGUCAGGAAUCGGUCUUGGUGGUGGAGGUGACAAAGAAGAGGAGGCCGCCCCCUCAGAUCCAGCCAAGGCGGCAGGGAUGACACGCGAGGAGUAUGAAGAGUACCAAAAACAGGUGGUGGAGGAGAAGAUGGAGAGAGAUGCAGAUUUCUUACACAAGAAGGCAGAGAGGGCAACACUCAGGGUUUGCCUCAGAGAAAAAUACAGACUGCCAAAGAGCGAGCAGGACGACAACAUGCUUGAGAUGGCCGGGGACGACGUGGACGUGCCCGAGGAGCUGCUCAAGAUGGUGGACGAGGACGCCACGGAGGAGGAGGGCAAGGACUCCCUCAUGGGCCAGAUUCAAAACUUGCAGAACAUGGACAUGGACCAGCUGAAGGAGAAGGCCUCCGCCACCGUCACCGAGCUGAAGAGCAAGGCCGAGGAGAAGUGCUCCGUCAUGUGAGCGGCCUGCGUUUAAAUAAUGAGGAAAACUCAAUUUCACCAUUCUCCUGGAAUCUACAGACCAAGCUGUGUACGGAAGUCUGGGAUUCAGAAAACAGUGUAAAAUGCCUACGAAAAUUCACAUUUACUAAAGCACUAAAAAGGCAAAUCAUCUUCCUGAAAUACAAAGAAAUGCGCCCAGUCCCAUCGGGGUGGUAUAUUCUUACUGUUACCAGUCUGCAUCUGGGAAACUGAUACACUGUAACAGUUUCCCUGUUAGCCUGUAACUGAAUGGAUAGUUUACAAUCAUGUUCCAGGUGCCCCGCCUCUCCCCUGUAUUCUUAGUUUAAUAACAUGCAAAUAAUGUGAUUUUCCCUGAACGUCCCUGCAAAGGAUUUCUUUUCACAUCUCUUUUGUAUGGUCACAGUACAAAAAAUGAUACAGGGAAAAAAUGCUGAUUAUUUGUGUUCUUUUUUCUCUGUUUGCUGUAAAAUAAGACAGUUUAUUCUCUAAAACUGCUUUUCUUUUACAUUAAUAACAAUAUACCAAGACUUGCUUUCAAAAAAAACCUUAUCCAAGUUAAAUACCAAUCCUUUCUGUGUGUUUCAACUGUCCUUUGGGUUGUCGGUUAUUCUAGAUUGUUUGUUUUUUUUGUAUGUGGUGUUUGAAUUAAUUCUGAAUUUUAGAUCUUUUUAGUCUUGACAUGUUCAUCUACUGUAUCUUUCUCCACAUACACAGUUAAGCAGUUCAGUAAGCCUGAAACAUUUGCAGAGACAUUUGCAGAUUUGCACAAAUCAUCAUUUAAAAAAUAUUGAGUGAUUUAUACCAUGCAAAUUAAUCAAUGUACAUAAACACUGAUGAAAUAUAUGGAGGUACUUAAACCUGAGAAAAGAACAUUUUAUUGUUCAAAUAAAGAUGUAUAUUGAACACA